AUGUCAGCUAACUCGGUCGAAACCGAAAAAGCUUCUCGAAGCUCGAAUCCAACCGUUCCAGCUCGGCCUGGCGCGGUCGUACUUCCACUACCAGGAUCACAGACGAACAAUCCAGCUGCUGAUGCUCAGAUCAUUCUUGGGGGCGAUGCCCACUUGAAUGUGGAUAGAAAGGGUUCUUUCGUCGACACUCAUGAUAUUCAUGCUGUGGUAGACGACUAUGAGGGCAAGCCUACCGAGGAAGAGCGUCUUACUCUUCGUCGUGUAGCCGGAAGUGUUCCAACUGUCGCAUAUUUGAUCUGCAUUGUCGAGUUUGCUGAGCGUUCAUCGUACUACGGUGUUCAACCUCUCUUCUCCAACUUCGUCAACAGACCUCUUCCCGCCCAUGGAAACGGCUAUGGUGCUCCUCCUGCUGGAGGGCAAGGAACUGCCGGUGCCCUCGGCAUGGGAACGGUUAAAGCUACUGCGGUGUCUCAAUCUUUCUCCAUGUUGACAUACACUCUUCCUCUCCUUUUCGCUUGGCUCGCCGAUACCAAGACCGGUCGUUACAAGAUGGUCUUCGCUGGUGUUUGGGUUUGUGGUAUUUCCCACGUACUCAUGUGCGCUGCUGGUGCUCCUUCUCUUCUUGCCAGUGGCAACGCUAAAAUUCCAUUCUUUAUCUCUGUAUACAUUCUCUGCCUUGGUGCUGCUAUGUUUAAACCUAAUAUUUCCCCAAUUCUUUUGGAUCAGAUGAAAGACAACAAGUUAAUGACAAAGGUCUUGAAGAGCGGAGAAAAGGUCCUGGUUGACCCAGAACACACUACCGAGCGAACUAUGCUGUGGUUCUACUUCCUCAUCAACGUCGGAGGGUUCAUGAACGUCCCAACAUCAUACACAGCGAAAUACGUUGGAUGGUGGUUGUCUUUCUUGCUACCAGUCUUCUUCUACAUGCCACUCCCAAUUCUCCUCUGGUUCAUGAGAAAGAGACUGACUCUCUACCCACCUGGAGGAUCUGAUCUCGGCAACGUUCUCCGCGUUCUCGGUAUCUGCUUCAAGCGGGGCGGAAUCAAACGCAUGUUCGGAAAAGGAAAAGGGUUCUUCGAGCCCGCCAAACCCUCCGUCAUCGCCCUCUCCGGAAGCCCAAUAGAAGUCCCAUGGAACGACGCCUUCGUCAACGACGUCCGCCGUGCCUUCCAAGCCACCGGAAUCUUCUGCUUCUUCCCAAUCCAAUACAUCAACGACAACGGACUCGGAAACUCCGCCUCCGCUCUCUCAACCAUGCUCACCACCAACGGCGUACCCAACGAUGUCAUCGGCAACUUCAACUCCCUCUCCAUCAUCAUCGCCGCGCCCAUCCUCAACUUCGGUCUCUACCCCCUCCUCCGCAAAUACAAGAUCCACUACGGUCCAGUAUCCCGCAUGACCACCGGUCUCCUCAUGUCCGCCAUCGGCGGCGUCGGCUACACCGUCCUCAACUACUACGCCUACAAACUCGGUCCAUGCGGUAACAAGGGUACCUCCCUCUCCUGCGUCGACGAGAACGGCGACUCCCUCGUCUCCAGCAUCACCAUCUGGUACAUGGCCAUCCCCUACGCCAUCGGUGGUAUCUCCGAACUCUUCAUCAACGUCCCCGCCUACGGAAUCGCCUAUUCCCACGCACCCAAGAACAUGCGUGGUCUCGUCGCCGCGCUUAACCUCCUAUCCACCGGUUUCGCAUACGCUUUCGGUCUUGCAUUCGCUGGUCUCGUCAAAGAUCCUUAUCUAACCUGGGUCUUUGGUGCCCCAUCUAUCAUUGGGUUCGUGGCCGCCGCUACCUUUUACUGGCUCUUCCGCGAUAUGGAUAAUGAGGAGUAUGAGAUCUCGGACAAUGGUGAUUACCAUCUUGAGGGUGCGCAGCCGGCGGCUGCUGCGACGAGUAGUGCGGGGAGUGUGAGUGAGAAGGGUGUUGGUGUUGAUGAGAAGAAGGUGUAA